AUGCUGGAAAUGACUACUGGUGUCUACAAGUGCGAGAUCGAGGACGACAACGCGCAAGUCAUCGGCGCCGCCUACGCUGCCGUCACCAUUGGACAUUCAGCGAAAAAGCCGGCCGAGAUGAAGUUUGACGAGAACGCCGAGGCGGUGCUAAACUGCCCCGUGUUGAGUGGAGCCGCCAGGGACGGUGAUAUGCCCAGCAAGGUGCAGCAGAACCAGAGUCGUCUUGUCAUCAAGGACUUUGAUGACGACACGGCCGGCCUCUACGUCUGCAAGGUCAACAUCGAUAACCACGUCGUCGAGGGCUACGUUGAUGCCAUGAUUUCUGUCCCGGACACCAUCAUCCAGGUUUUGCUCGAGCCGUCCAGCGAGAACGUGCAAGUUGGAGAUCGGCUGUGGUCGCCGAAAGCGCCUCCAGUUCACCGCCGUGCCGAGGACAACAGCGGAACCUACAAAUGCGUGGCCAAGACCCGAGCGGCCACCCUCGAGGCGAAGACCGUGCUGAACAUCGGCUCAAAACUGGGCUUCCAAACGGAACCGCUCGAAAUGACGCGUGGCAUUGGGCAACAGCUGCCGGUGCCAGAUCUAAACGACAACAGCGGGGAGCUCAGCGGAGAAGAGGUUACGGUUGCCAGUCUGCCACCAACUCCACCCCCUACCACAACCACUCCAAGACCGCCGGUAGUCGUCCAUCCAGAUCCCUAUGUGACGCCCUGUCCAGGAGGCCGCUGCCGAUGGCCCGACCUUUGCGCUAACCACCGCUGCGGCGUCAACGGCGUCUGCCGCCAGCUGAACGAGAGCCACUUCGAGUGCGAGUGCAAGAUCUAUUACGACGGGCCGAAUUGUGAUAUUUUCAAGCCCAUCGAACACGCCGCCAGGUUUAAUGGUGACGCGUUUAUCGAAAUGGCUGGAGACGAUUUUCCGCAUCUGAGCAGCGAGCUGGAGGAGACGAUCGAGUUCAAGUUCAAGACGAGCCGCAUGAAUGGGGUAAUCUUCUGGCAAGGUCAAAACCCCGACCAAUCCCUCGUUGGCGAGGACUACGUGUCGAUCGGCAUCCGAGACGGCUUCUUAGUUUUUGCCUACGAACUCGGUGGUGGCGCCGCGGAGAUGGUCAGCAUUUUCCGGGUCGAUGACGGGUUGAUGCAUAAUGUCUUGGCAAUCAGAAAGGGUCGUGAUGGCGCUCUGUUCGUAGACGAUUUCCCUCCAGUCAAUGGAAGUAGCAGUGGGAUUUUGGCGAUGUUGAAUGUUGAUGGGAAUGUGUAUAUUGGCGGCGUCCCCGACCUGAAAUUCAUGACGGGCGGGCUGCACCGCGCAAACUUUGACGGUUGCGUGGCGGACGUGACGUUGAAUGGUGACAAAAUGGACCUGAUGGGAUCGGCGGUUGAUGGGCGAAACGUGCGACCAUGCGAUGAAUGGGUCGCACCCAAGAGGUUCCUGCAUAGGCAUCGCAGGAACGCUGAUUGGCCACCCCUCACCAAAACCGAGGCCGAUCAGAUUGAUGCUGCGCUGGAUUUGCGAAUCCGGUCGCGACAUCGCUGGGGCCGCAAGGAGAAGUUUUUCUUC